AUGGAUUCUAUCCCACCCCGUCCCCUCUCGACCGCUGCAGGCGUCCCGGUGGCCGACGUCUUCCCAGUGCGACCGCUGGUGUUGGGUGAACCCAACACGCUGGUGUGUAUGGCGGGAAACAUCUUCCCGCCGGCGGUGGAGAUCAGUUGGCAGGUGGGCGGGGUCCCUGUCACCCAAGGGGUCACCCACACCCACUACACCCCCGCGGCCGACCUGGCCUUCAUCCGCUUCUCCUACCCCGGUGAUGUCUACACCUGCAUGGUCACCCGUGAAGGGGACAACGCCUCCGUCAUUGACUACUGAGUGCCCCAAACCCCCGACCCCUCCGAGGUGCUGGAGACGGUGCUGUGUGGCGCCGUCAUGGCUCUGGGCAUCCUCCUGGGGCUGCUCAGCAUCUCCAUGAUCCUGGCGGCGCGCCGGAGCGCCCACGGUUGAGCACAGGACGGUGCAGAG